ACAAGCCAAUCCGAUGAGAAGGGGGUUUUGAGCGGGUGAGUGUCUUGGCGUGCUGAUGUUGGUCUUUGUGAAGUAAGAUAAGCAAUAUGUCUAAAUGGUCUAAAUGCACCAAAAAGCAGGUAAAUUGCGGCCCCGUAUGCUGCGUCGUCGGGUGUAACAACACGCACGCGAAUACUCCAGACCUCGUUUAUUAUUGGUUUCCAAGCAAGACAAGCUUCCCCAGUCGGCGCAAGCUUUGGCGGAAUGCUAUCCGCAAGAGCGGACGCGUCAGCAAGUACUGGCAGCCUCCCAGCUACGCCCGCAUCUGCAACAGGCACUUCCAAGGCCACAAGAAGAGCGACGACAUUAACGACGCAAACUAUGUACCCUCCAUAUUCCCCAAGAUGUCGGACACGCACGGUUUCACGAAGAAACAGCUUGAACGCUACAAGAGCUCGCAGGAACUGCGCAAGCGGAAGAUGAUGUUGCUGGGCCAGCUGCCCGAUGUCGUCACAAAUGGCGCUGGGGACGACUCGAAGCCUGCUGUGAAGCCCGAGACGAGUUCGGUGGGCGUCGGCUGCUGUCUGAAGUUGGAUGGCCCAAGCGGCAACGCCAACCUCCUCGUCUUCAGCUGCUUCUCGGACGGCCGCAACGUCGCAACGCAGGCCUGCGUGCCCGGUCGCCGGAAGUUUGCCGACCGCGGGACCCAGGCGGGCGCAGGAACCCUGCCGCCAAGCAACCCUUGCCUCGAUCCAAGGGAUGGUGGUGCCAGGUGAUGCGCGUCGACGAUCGACGCCGACCGACGUGCUUUGUGGAGUGGCGACGAGACCCGCAAAUUGUCUUCCCAAAACGCCACCUAGGUACGAGGCUGCCUUGCUGGAUCUUCCGAGUCGCCUGCCGAGGGAUUGGACGCGGGGGCUGUGCCAGUGUUUGCCUGGAACUCGUGUUCUCGCUGUUUGGACGCGAGUUUCAGCCAAACUGUGAUGUAGCUCCGAUGUCGUAUAUGUCCCCUGUGUCAUGACCCUCCAUAGGUGACAUCGAAAAUUCAGCGCUUCAUCUUUUUAUUUGGAAGACGUUCGUCAUCCUAUAUGUACAAAGUUGAUCCAAGAAAGCGAGUUGGUUCGGGGUGUUGUUUGUGCAAAGUGCAGUUUUUUGCACCGCAUCUGGAUUGGCAGUAUUUACCACCUGGCUGCUGUAUCGACCGAGGACACAUUCGAGAUUGUUGAAACUGUCCUGUUGUAGCCUGACAGCUGGUGAAGGGAGAUGCAGCAAAAGGAUAUUGACGUUGCCAUUUUGUUAAAACACCUGAGACUGGAUGAGCAAAUCUUGAAACAACCAAAAGUAGAAGAGAGGAAAAGAAGUCAGUCAGAUGUCGUCUCAAAUUCAGCAAAUAUGUUUAUUCAGUAAACCAAGGUCAUCACCAACCAACACAACAAACAAAGAGAGGGGGAAAAAAUCCUUUUCCUUUGCCCUUUAUUUCUCUUUUCAAACUCCGCAGCCACCAUUGUACACACUUAUGACAUGCCAUGACCUUUCGAGGUCACUCUACCUUCAAACAGAGCUCACACUUCUGAGAACUCCGAACCAGUCCAGAAUGACCUUGCUGGCCAAGCCCCAUCGAACUGAUAAGAGAACAAAAAACAUGUUACCUUCCAUGCUAUUUGUCACCUUCACACUGAAACCUAAACUUCCACAAAAUUCUUGCACUGCUACACUUGACGAAAAAAAAAAAAAAGAACAUGCACACACACAAGGCACGAACCGAAAGAAUUACGAAGGCAGGAAUGCCUUGGUACUGUCAGUGUCAGCAAGGUGCAUGGAUGCCUGGCUUAUAUAGUUGCCUAUUGACUGAAUUCCAACUGUUUCCCUUGCAACUCUUUUGACAACAUUGGCCUCUUUGUUUACUAUUUGUGUCUCCAACCGCUGUGUUGUGCAGUUGUUGCAUUCCUGUAUGUGUUUCUAUUUCAGAAGUGGUUGCUGUGAUUUUUUCAUUCCUUUUAUGUGUUCGGCCUAUCAAGCACCUGGAAGUUUGCCCCACAUAUUUAAACUUACACGCUAAAGGUAUCACGUACAUGACUCCUUCUUCACCAGAUACCGAUUUCUCUAUUUGCUCUUUCUGGCACCCCCUUCUUUCUCUUUGAAAUGGGGUAAGGCUUCCUAACUUGAAAUCCAUCAGUGAUUUACCCGAAGUUUUUUGCACAAGCUUUCACAUUGCGGAAAAUCGCAUGGAAGUAUGGCAUGACUGCGAAUUCGAUGGGCUUGGCCAGCAAGGUCAUUCCGGUCUGGUUUGGGGUUCUCAGAAAUGUGACCUCUGUUCAAAGGUGGAGUGACUGCGAAAGGUCAUGUCGUGUCAUUAGUGUGUACAUUUUUUGUAACAUUUGAAGGGAAAAAAAAAAAAAAAUGACAGGAAAGGAAAGAAUUUUUUUUUCUCUUUUUACUCUUUUUGUUGGUUGGUGACGACCUUGGUUUCUAAGUGCAUAUAAGAGGUUUACUGAAUAAACACACUAGCUGAGUUUGAAACGUCGUCCGACUGACUUCUUUCCCUGUCUCUUCCACUUUUGCUUGUUUCCAAGAUUUUCUCACCCAGUCUCUGGUGUUUUAAACAAAAUGGUAAACUUGCACCAGCUCACCUGCACCCUCACUUUGUUCUUAUUGACAUUGUGUUGCCAUCUUGCCUCGCUGCCCCUGUUGAAUAUUCACUCUGCAGCACGGAGUGAACAGAUUACUACUAUACUCAUUGAGGAGUAGGUUAGGAUGUCUUUUUCAUUGAAACAUGCUGCACUUUAGCACUAUUAGUUGUCUUUACUUUACACAUGCCUUUUUUUUUUUUAAUACUUUUUGAGGGUUUGAAGUGUAGCGAAAGAUACUUACCGAUCUCUUUAUGUGGAAAAAAUAAGGUGUUCUUGUAUACCACAUUUCUUUGCAGUGCAGCUUUUGUACGACAGCAUGAAUUUCGCCUGUGGCGGAGUGUAGCACAGAUCCAGGGUGACUAGUUUUAGAAGAGAAAUGGAAGGAAAUUCAGUGUUUAUCUUAGACAUGUUUCGACAGAUUUCUCUUGGUGGCUAAUGUCUACACUUUGAGGUUUUAACGAGAAAACAAAGUGUGUUUUCACGGUUGCUUAUUUAAGGCACUUGCUAAAUUCCUAAAUUAAGUAAUGUAUGAGCUUGAUUCAUGUCUAAAUAUUUCAUUGUACCCAGCUUUACGAGCUUUUUCUUGUUGACUUGCUCGACCUACCGUACAUAGUCUUCAUGAUCAUUCUUCAUCACUUCUAUUAUCUUCAUUCUUUUUACACAAGUUUCCUUGCCCUACAGUGGCAUAGCCAGGAACUUUUAUGGGCGGGAGGAGGAGAGGGCUGAGGUUGGGGAUGCCCAUAACUUGGGGCAGGGGAGGGGAAAGGGGGGGAGGGGGUGCUGAAGCUUCAUAAGGUCCUCCCCUGGCUAUGCCACUGCUGCCUUAGUUUUCCUAUUACUUAGGAGGACUUGCAUUUUGUAAAUUAUGCUCAACUGUAGGUUUCUUUUUUCUGUGUUAUGAAAUCACAGUUUAGUUUUAUUGAGCUCAUGUAUAGAGUGCGGCUGUAAGGACCAACACAUUUGACGCUCACUAAAAUUCCCAUUCCAAGCAUACCUUAAACUGGGCACACGAACACAGUUUCACGAUAAGUUGUGUAUUCUUUUCUGGGCUGAAGAUGGUAAAAUAUUAAAAUCAGACAAAAACGGCUCCUGCAUUUCCUAUGCCCUAUACCGUAUGUUCGUCGUCUCCACAUUGGUUUGUGAUCUUGUUCCCUGGUGGUCAUUGUUCGUACAUUUUGUUAGAGGUAUUAAUUAUUGCUUUUAUAUUGAUGAUUGCCAGCCCCUACUAUUGGCUCUUAACCAGGAGUGGGCUCAUAAACCAGUGUGCAGACAACAUACAGGCUGGUAUAGGACAUAGGAAAUGCACGGCCUCCGAUUUUUCUUUAUUUUCAACAUUUCAAUACCUCUGAGUUGAGCUCUGAAAAGAAUAAGCAUAAAACUUCUUGCGAAACUGUGUUUGGGUGCCUAGUUUCAGGUAUGUACAUUCGGAAUUGGAAUUUUGCAAGGUAUGUCAAAUAUGCUGGUCCUUAUGACCACGCCUUGCAUGUUUGACCAGUCUCUACAUUUAAUAUGCUGCAGUGUCUCACACUUUUGAAGAAAUGUCAUUUCUGUUCAACACAUGCAACAUGCACAACUUUUAUUUUUCGGUGUGUUUUGAUAGAUGACAGGCAGUACCCUCGACUUUAGGCAGCACUUGCAGUUCCUUCAUCCAUUCGUUUGAUUCAUUUAUCCAUUGCCCAUAAGCUGCACUGGGGCUCAGUCACAGUGCACAGUGACAAGCUUGGCAGUGUAGAGAGUGAGGCAUAAAAGUGAGUUCUGUUUGCUACUGUGGAUUAUUUAACAUUAGAACUAGUCAAACAAAUCAGGAUUAAACCAGGAUAAAGACAGAUUAUGUUAACUUCACAACCAUUCUUUGAGUCAGUAUGUGUUCGUAUUAGGGGAAGUAUGUUGCACAGUUUAAAAUAAAACCCACAACUCGACACUACUCAUGUUAUGAGGUAUCCUUGUGAAAUUUAUUUUGGUUUAGACAGCAUUCCUAAUACAGGACUUCUGCAAUAUAUUUGUUUCUUGUGUAAUAGAACCAUGACACAUUAGGGAAUAAUUUGACUUGGUUUUGCAACCCAUUUUGUAUCCAAUUUUAUGUCCUCACAAGUUAAAGUUCUAGACUUUUAUGUCUCACCGCUGUUUCGUUCUUGUUUCAUGAUGUUUGAGUGCCGAAAACUCGCAUUGUUAUGUCCAGUGCACCGUUGGCGCUAUACCUUCUGUGCUUUUGUUCAAACACGAGCGCAUUUGUGUUGUACCAUCGGAGCUAUUUUCUUUCUCACAUCCAUAUUUUCGUCCUGGGGAAAAUCCUCACUCUAUUUGUGUGUGGAAGCUUCCAUUUUCCCUGAAAGCAGAAAAUAAAAGUGUCUAAAUACAGCAGCUGGUUUUUCGUACAGGUCUAUGACAUAGGGGCCAAUGGCAAGGAUAGGUCUUGGGAACUGAGGAGGUGUGUUGGACACAUUCAAUGGCUGGCCUGGUCUGUGUGUCUGGAUUAGAGGAGGUCAUAAAAUGGAUGUGAGCCGGGGCAGAUGCAGGAAUUUCCUGACGGGGGGGGGGGGGGGGGGUCAGGUGUUUGUCAGCGUACCAUAUCUUUAGGAACCCCCUCUCCCUUGUUUUACGCCCUAAAUUUUACACAUGUAAAAAUCAAGAUGGGGGUCAGGACAUCCGGACCCCCCUCUAAAUCCACCCCUGGAUGUGGGGGCAACUUUCAUAGAACACUCAUAAAAAUCAUACUUCAUGUAGUUAUUUUCUUUUCUUACAAAUUCCACCCAACAUAUAAUGGGAAAGUACACGACACUCCACAGGUUUUGUGUGUUAAUAAAAAAAAAGUGAAACAUUGACAUAGUGGAAUGUUGUGCUGGCAUGUUUUCAAGGGAUGGAUUGAGCGUGUGAUCUCUGAAUUGUCGCUAUUAGUAAAAGGAAAAAUAAAGGGCUUUUAUUGUUCA